AUGGAGGUCAUUAAUAGAGAUACCUCAACCCUCCCAAUCCAGGGCGCUAGCCAAAGUGCACGACAGCCACAGGCAUCAUUUGUUCAUCCUGCCCAAAUGGCCAUGUUUGCGCGUGUCACAUCCUAUCCCCCGCUGGGACAAAUCACUUGUCUCCAAACGGCGCAGAAGGAAUCGCGAUCUGAAGAAGAUGCGCUACGUUUCACGGUUACUAUCGAGUCCAGCAGCUCAUUCUCCGAACAAUCAUGGGAAGCACAGAUCUGGCAUAACAUCACUGGCCCCGAAUGGGAACAUCUGCCAUUGCAAAGAUGUAACACAGAUCAUGCAGAUCUUUUGUCCAGAAACGAUGAAGAGUACAACUACCAUCGCUAUGUAUUCUCAGAAAAGAUAUCCCUACCAGCCGCAGGAGGUCAUGCACAGUUCACAGUCCGGUUCCGAACUAGCCCAGACACAGAAUGGCAGUGGGCUAAUCAAAGACACCCCGUGGGCGACGGUGAAAUUCUAUAUAGUGCACGCUACUCUGAUCUCGACAACGCUGUGUCCACUGGUGUCGCUGCACGAGCUCCCAAAGAGCAAUUAGAAAAGUACAUCGAUAAUCUUCAUAGUGACUUGCGGAUUGAGUCUCGACCUAGUGAAGCUCCUGGAUCGAUCCUCUGGGCUCUGUCUGGAGAUAUAGAUGCUGUUCGAAAUGGAUCUUCAACCAUCAAACGACUUGCACUUGGGACCGCUUCGUCGGUGGUGAGGUAUUUCUCACUAGUACGCGUGGGGAGUGCAUGGCUGGGCCCUAGACAUGGCAAAGAUAACUUUCGACUUACUGAAGAUGCGAUAUUUUGCUCUUUCCUGCGUGAAGAUGGUGUGAAUCUUGUUCUACUGGCCGUUUCUGGAGUCAACGAUGUUUUGACCGUGUUUCAGUCAGGUGGGAACGGUGAAGUUGUGAUCUCCGCAAAAAGUGACGAUUUAGAAGCAUCUGAAUUCCAUGUGCUUAUUAGCGCAGCGGAAAACUUUGAAGUUGCCAUGUCUGCGGUGGUUUAUGAGGCACGGAAAGUCGUCAGGCCAUUUGCUGAUGCGAGUCAUCUGGAUUUGGACGAUUCAGUCCCACUAUCUCCCCCUGGUGAUGAUAUGGUCAUUGUCGAGAAAGACCCGAGUGCACAGUGGCUUUCCGAGUGGUUCGACGGUCUCACAUAUUGUACCUGGAAUGGGCUUGGACAGGACCUCACAGAAGAGAAGAUCUUGCAUGCCUUAGACUCGUUGAAGGCGAAUGGGAUCAACAUCGUCAACCUUAUUAUCGAUGAUGGCUGGCAGACAACCGACAAUGAAGGGCAGUCUCAGUUCAAGCAAGGCUGGAAGCAGUUCGAAGCACAUUCGAAAGGAUUUCCGGAAGGAUUGAAGCAUACUGUGGGAGCUAUUCGUCGAUCACAUCCCAAUAUCGACCAUAUCGCGGUCUGGCAUGCCUUGCUGGGUUAUUGGGGAGGUAUCUCACCAGAUGGGGAUCUAGCCCAAAAAUUCAAAACAAAGCAAGUGAAGAUCAAAGACCCAGCUGCCAAUGGGUCACUCACGGAGAGCCCUCUAGAUGGCACAAUCGUUGCCAUUGAUCCCGAUGAUAUCAACCGAUUCUACGAUGAGUUCUAUGACUACCUUACGUCUGUUGGUAUAGACUCGGUCAAGACAGAUGCACAAUUCUUCCUUGACCUCCUUGAUGACCCAGCGGACCGCCGAAGAUUCUUGACUUCUUAUCAAGAUGCAUGGUCUAUCGCAUCACUUAAGCACUUGAGCACUCGGUCAAUCUCAUGCGGGUCAAUGACCCCUCAAAUAAUCUUCCAUUCACAAAUGCCCACCAACAAACCCACUCUUCUAUUGCGAAACUCCGACGACUUCUUUCCAGAUGUUGUUGCCUCUCACCCAUGGCAUGUGUUUUGUAAUGCUCAUAAUGCACUACUCACCCGAUAUUUGAACGUAUUGCCGGAUUGGGAUAUGUUCCAAACAAGUCACCUAUACGCGUCAUUCCACGCUGCAGCUCGAUGUGUAUCCGGAGGGCCAAUUUAUAUCACCGAUGAGCCGGGUAAACAUGACCUGGCCCUACUCAAUCAGAUAACUGCACCUACUGUCAAAGGAAUCACGGUGAUCUUGCGUCCUAGUGUCAUUGGACGCACGAUAGACAUAUACAACGACUACGACGAAGGACGUGUUCUGCGCGUUGGAAGCUAUACCGGCUGGGCCAAGACUGGAAGUGGAAUUUUAGGCGUUUUCAAUAUUCAAUCUGCCGAGGCCUCGAUCAUAGUCCCAUUGAUGGAUUUCCCAGGAAUUCACGAGGACUCCGAAGGCCAGUAUAUUGUGCGUGCACACAGCAGCGGUAGGAUAUCGCAUCGCAUGCGGCCGUUGAGCCGGGAAUCCCUGGUAUCAGUUGUUCUGGGGUCAAAGGGCUGGGAGAUCCUCACUGCUUACCCGACUCAGUCGUUCAUGCUGACGGGCAGCCAUGACGGCAACUCUUCUGGUGACCGUCUGACACACGUGGCUGUGCUCGGUCUUUUGGGAAAGAUGACUGGUGUAGCGGCUAUAGUGACUUCAGAUAUAUCUGUUGUUGAGAACGGUCGUUUACGAGUUGACAUCAGCUUAAAAGCGCUGGGCACUCUGGGGAUCUAUUUCUCGGAUCUUCAAGACAGGAGCAUUGCACGAAAUUUCAUGGUCAUGAUUUUGGGACGACCAGUUCCACAGAAUACGAUAUGGAAACAAGGUGGAGAGAAUGCUAAUGUCCUGGCAAUCGAUAUAUUGGCGGCAUGGAAAUCGAUGAAAUUGGACAGUGGAUGGAGUAACGAGGCAUUCGUGCAGGUUUUUUCGGCAUCGCUCGGCCAAGCGCCAUACCGCAGCCUUCUCACACCCCGUCGGAUCCCGUGCGGAGCGCGCAGUUUUGCCGCAACAACAGCGAUUCUGCUGCGCGGUGACAGCAAUCGGCCAGUAUUGUCCACCUUGCAGUCCGGGACAUGCUUUCAACAGCAGAGAUGGAUUACACAAAAGUAUAUUCAGCGUAUGAAAGACGGGGAGCAGGAAUGGGCCGGCUUCGCGGAAGAGAUCAAAGCCGGGAAGAGGAAGAACUUCGCGCAACACUUGGAAGAGCGAGGACUGAUCCAUGAUGUUGUCGGUGAACGGGACUUAUUGCACAAGGUCUUCACGGAGAAGCGGGUUGGAAUAUAUGUUGGAGUCGACCCGACUGCCCCCUCAAUGCACGUUGGACACAUGCUUCCUUUCAUGGUUCUGGCCUGGGGAUACGUCUGGGGAUUACCUGUGACAUUCCUACUCGGCGGUGCUACUUCUAGAGUCGGCGACCCCAGCGGGCGCCUCAAGGGCCGAGAUGCUGUCCAUUCCUCAAUCCGGAAAGCAAACAUGGCUAGCAUGCAUAUGCAGUUGAAGAAGUUGGGCUCGAGCAUUGAGCACUACGGCAGGAGACACGGACACGAGAAAAACCCAAUGUGGAAGCGGGCGUUGACAAACAACAACACUUGGUGGAACUCGAUGCCCUUCCUUGAAGUGUUGCGAGACCUUGGCGCUUUCAUGCGACUUGGUCCCAUGCUCGGCAGAGAUACUGUCAAGACGCGAUUGAACCAAGGAGAUGGCAUGUCAUUUGCUGAGUUUUCCUAUCCUAUUCUCCAGGCAUGGGAUUGGUGGACGCUGUUCCAAAGGGGCACUCAAAUCCAAGUCGGAGGUGCCGACCAAUAUGGAAAUAUUCUGUUUGGUAUGGAGGCUGUCAAGUCUAUCAGCCGAAACACUGCCGACGAACAACUCCGCAACCCAUUAGAAUCAGAAUUAGAUCGCCCGAUCGGUUUCACUACGCCGCUACUGACAACCCCGUCCGGCGAGAAGCUCGGCAAGUCUGCUGGAAACGCCGUUUGGCUCGAUAAAGACCUGACUUCUACAUUCGAACUUUACCAGUACUUUGUGCGCACGCCCGACGAUGUUGUCGAGCAAUACCUGAAGAUGUUCACUUUCGUACCCUUGCCUGAAAUCAUUACCAUCAUGGAGGAGCAGAACAAGGACCCAUCUAAGCGCGUUGCGCAGCACAAGCUCGCGCAUGAGUUUGUCGAGCUUAUCCAUGGUAAGGUCGAAGCUGAUGCCGUGGCUCUCCAACAUCGCCAGCUAUUCCGUCCCCGAUCCUCAACCGCAGAGCCCACUCCUCUUCCCAAGUCAUCCCCUCCUCAAUCUGGUCAUCCGCAAUCCCCCACCGCUGGCUUCGAGACUCCUCAGUCCGGAAAUCCAUAUGCCCCCCAAACAAAUUGGGCCAACAUGGGAGAUUUCAAGGUCACCCUGCCCGAAUCGCUGGUUUUCAACCAGCCGUUCAAUAAAAUACUAUGGUCAGCCGGUCUUGUUUCAUCCAAGAGCGAGGGCCACCGAGUCAUCGUCAACAAUGGCGCCAAAGUCGGCAGCCGUCCUGGUGAUAGUGGCCCCAUGUCAGACCAAUUAUCCUUCACACCUAUCCGGCCGUGGGACGCAGAGAAAACAAAGGAGUUUGUCUUGAAUGGCAACCUUCUAAUGUUAAAGUUGGGCAAGUGGAAGCUCAAGGCUGUUCACAUUGUGCCCGAUGAAGAAUAUCGUGCGCAAGGUCUCACGGCUCCUGGAUGGGAGACUGAAACUGAGCAGAUUGAGCCGACUGAGCCGACCAAGUCGGACUAA